GGGUGCUAGCUCCAAGUACUAUCGAGACGCACCGCGAAGAUCACAAUUUGACGACCCAUGAUAAACGGUCACGACAUCUGCAUAGUCUCCACGCUACGCUGUGGCAUUUGGGCGGACGCUGAGGGAGCAGUCGGCCCAAUGUCCUGGAUCAAUACCGUUGUAAGGCUGCAGACCCAAAUACCAUGGCCGACACACCCGGUCGCACACGCAGUGUCUCGUGUGAAUACGCCAGGCUGUCACCUGAGGUGACACUACAGUAUAAGUCUGGCUUCUUUGCUAUCAAUUUCCUAAUCAGGCAAAUGGAUUCGCCGUCGUACAGAGCACACGCACCUGUCAAUACUCUCCUUGGUCGAUCUCUAUCUGACACAACGAGGCAGGAAGCACAAUCAGCGAGGUUAUGCCAUCACGCACUCAAUACGCAAAGAAACAAGAAUGCAAGAUCACUCAUAAUGAACCCCACGCCCACGAAACGCGCGGGAGUCACUGGACCGUCCCAAAUAGACGACGAACCAGGGCAGCGACUGGCUGGCAGCUGCUGGAGCCUAGCCCAUGCAACAUAUGCCACCAAUCACACACCCGGAGUUGCGGGAACCUUGUCGGCUCUGGCAGUCAUCCUCCUCAACACCACGACCAUGGUUCGAUAAACGCCGGCUAGUGUCACGAUAGAUUGUAAGCUAAUAGUCGGAGGCUCUCAUUACUCGUACAUAGCCAAGCUUCCAGCCCCUUCAUUUCUCUC